GCCCAGUUGAUUUGAGCACGCAGGCAAGAGUUAUUUUGUGGGUCUCGCAAUACUUGACUGAGUGCAGUUCAAACGUAGUUACUUGAUUUCAACGUUUCUGUGAAAGGUAUCAGCUAACAGAAAGUAAGUUGUCACAGUGACACGCCGUGCGAAUUAGUUAGUCCGUCAGUCUAAUUUCUGUUCGCUUGUUUGUUGUCCACUUUUAAUUUAUUUGUUGUGACUGUAUCUGUGGGAAUAUUUAAUCAGCGACAACAUUAUGUCAAAUCUCCGGCCUAGACUUUGUGUUUUAGGAAAGGGGUCGAAUGGCUACGGCUUUCAUCUGCACGGUGAGAAAGGGAAAACCGGACAGUUUAUCCGACUCGUAGAACCAGACUCUCCCGCCGCCACGGCCGGUCUCUUCGCCGGGGACCUACUGGCGUUCGUUAACGGGGACAGCGUGGAGACGGAGAGCCACCAGCAGGUCGUUGCCCGGAUACGAGCCACAGUGGGCAGCCUCGAGCUGAUCGUGGUUGACGCUGAGACGGCGGAGUUACUGAAGAAGCACAGCUUAAAGUGCCGUAAAGAGUAUGUCACGGAGGGCAUCCCGUUACCGGUCAACGAGUUGGACCAUGGGGAUGCAGCGAAAAGCAACGGGACCUCGAGAGAGACGACCCACACACCGGCAGAGAACGGAAACCUGUCCCUACAGAGGCUGAGUGUGAGCUCCCAGGACUGGAAGGCAGAGCUGCGUCCUCGUCUGUGCUCCAUGAAGAAGGGUGCGACGGGCUAUGGCUUUAACCUGCACAGUGACAAGUCUAAACCAGGCCAGUACAUCAGGGCUGUGGACGAGGACUCUCCUGCUGACAAGGCUGGCCUCAAACCCCAGGACAAGAUAUUACAGGUUAACAGUAUGUCAGUAGUAGGGAUGCAGCACAGUGAGGUGGUAGCAGCCAUCAAGGCCGGGGGAGAUGAGACCAGUCUACUGGUGGUGGAUCGUGAGGCAGAGGCUUUCUUCAACAGCUGCAACGUCAUUCCUACUGAGGCCCACCUCACAGGACCUCUUCCUGAACCUGUGUCAGAUGGAGGAGCAGAGGAGGAGGUCGAGGUAAAGUCUAAGGUGUCCGUAAGUUCGUCUACAUCCAGUGCCUCCUCCACUGCCUCUCUACCAACAGCCACUGCCAGCACCCCUCCACCAGAGGUAAAAUUCCAGGCGGUUCCGGCUAAGGAGCCUGAUGUAGGCCUCGCCCUCAGCAUGUCUCUAGCCCAGGCCAAGGAGAGGGCUCACCAGAAACGCUCAGCCAAGAAAGUCCCUGCCAUGGACUGGCGCAAGAGGAACGAACUCUUCAGUAACCUAUAAACCACAUAUUUCCUUCCUUCUUUCUUUCUCUCUUUUGCUCUCUCCAAACUCUCGGGUGUACACACACACACACAAAUAUGUGAAAGCAGUGUUAUUUUUCGUGAUUUCAUGAUUUUCAUCAAGUGCUAAUUUAGGGAUUUUCCACUUAUAAUAUAUAUAUAUAAUAUAUAUAUAUUUUUAAACGCCACUCCUGAAUAAGAAACAAUGUAAUUAACAAUUUGAAGCUGGAAAAACAAUGUACAGUUUACGUCUAGUAGAGCAGGAUGGUGACAAAAUAAGAGAUUUAUGAGAUACAGGGAAAAUGAUAAAGAAUAAACAUUGCUAGAAAGUGUCAAGGUGUGUCGUUGAAUGUUGUUGUCAGUCUUUUAAUCUGCAAUCUGGUUGGUUGGAGGUCACAAAACAACCUUGUAAAAUCAUGAGCUAGCCAAUAGCAAGCUGGAACUGAUGGAGCUUUGUGGAUGACUGAAGAUGAAUCAAUCUUAUUUCCAGAGACUUUCAAGCUUUAGUACUUCUGACUAGAUGAACAACAGACGAUCUGUUGAAUUCUUAGCAAUACAAGACCAUUGUCUUAGCAUUGAUCACUUAAGAGGUCUACAUGUCUGUUUAGCAAAUAUCACUGAAUUUGUUCAGGAAUUGUAUCAUUCUAAUGCUGACCACUGGUUUACUUUAUGGUGUGAUUGAUGUUUACUACCCUUUCUGUUUGAAGAUGUUGUCAUGUCAAUUCUUAGAAUGUAGAACUCAUUCCGGAUGGGGAAUUCAAAAUACAUUUAAAUUAUGUUCUAAAUGUGUCAAUCAGUCAUGGUCAUAUCAUAUGUGGUUCUAGAUUUUUGAAUUCAAAGUUAACCAUUCUGUCCAAACCGGUGUUCAAUCACCCCUAUUGUAAAAUCCUAAAUAGAUUUUCACUUUAUAUUUGUAUCAUCAUGAUUCAAAUUUUUUUCCUGCCAUUGUCUCAACGUUUUAAAGAAUGACAUGAAAAUAUAAUUUUUCAUGUUUCUUUCAUUUGAUUUGUACAUAGUGAAUUAAGUCUUAAAGAAAGAAAUCCUCAGUUUGUUUGAUUGUUUCUGAAUCUCUCUUGGUUGAAUGGAGUGUUAGCCUACUGUACAAUGUAUCAGUCAGUUCCUACUUUAUGUGUCGGUUAGCUCUGGUCCAGGGCGUAAGUGGUGCCCUGGACCAGAGCUAUGUAUCAGUCAUCUGAACCACAUAGGCGCAAUAGUAUAGACCAGGGAUCAACUCUGGUCCUGGAGAGCUAUUGGUUGUGAAGGCUUUUGUACACUGUACACUGGUAGAAGGGCUGAGUUGUAUUGACGAGGAUGACUGUUAUAAAUUUGGGACCAAA